AUGUCUCUCACCAACGCCUCCCCAGAGGCUGCGGCCAGCUCUGCAAAGACCGCGUCCUUCACCCUGGCCACACUCCCUGCCUCGGCCCGUAAUGCUGCUCUCGAGACCAUCCAUGCUGCCCUGUCAGAGGCCAGGGACGAUAUUCUAGCCGCCAAUGCCAAGGAUCUCGAGGCGGCGCGCAAGGCAGCCGCCGAUGGCUCGCUGAGCCAGGCUCUCGUGUCUCGUCUGGACCUUGGCAAGAAGGGUAAAUGGGAGGACAUGCUCAAGGGGAUUCUCGAUGUGAAGGGACUAGACGACCCCAUCGGACAAGUGCAGAUGCGAUCCCAGCUGGCAGAUGGCCUCACCAUGGAGCGCGUAUCCUGCCCCAUUGGAGUUUUGCUCAUCAUCUUCGAGGCUCGCCCCGAGGUCAUCGCCAACAUCGCCAGUCUCGCCAUCAAGUCAGGAAACUCCGCCAUCCUCAAGGGCGGCAAGGAGUCAACCGAGUCCUUCGUGGCCAUAUCAAAGGUCAUCUCCGCCGCCCUCGAGAAGACCGAGGUCCCCAACGGCGCCAUCCAGCUCGUCACCACCCGGGACGCCAUCUCCCAGCUGCUCGACCAGGACCGCUACAUCGACCUCGUCAUCCCCAGGGGCGGCAACGAGCUCGUCCGCUACAUCAAGGGAGCGACAAAGAUCCCCGUGCUCGGCCACGCCGACGGCAUCUGCAGCAUCUACCUCACCGCGACCGCCGACAAGGACAAGGCCGUCACCGGCGUCGUGGACUCCAAGACCAGCUACCCGGCCGCCUGCAACAGCGUCGAGACGCUCCUCGUCCAGGACGCGGCGCUCCCCACCAUCCUCCCCGGCAUCGCCUCGGCGCUCGCCGAGAAGGGCGUCUCCCUGCGCUGCGACCCCGCCAGCAAGGCUGCCCUCGCAUCUCUUUCUCUCCCCAACAUCCAGGACGCCGUUCCUGAGGACUACGACACUGAGCACCUGUCGCCCACCCUCUCCGUCAAGACUGUUCCUUCGAUAGACGAGGCCAUUUCUCACAUCAACACCCACGGCUCUCACCAUACCGACGCCAUCUUCACCUCCGACAAGGCCGAGGCUGAGCGUUUCAUGAACGAAGUCGACUCUGCUGGUGUCUACUGGAACGCAUCGACCCGCCUGGCCGAUGGCAUGAGGUAUGGCUUCGGAACCGAGGUUGGAAUCAGCACGAACAAGAUCCACUCUCGAGGUCCCGUGGGACUCGAGGGCCUCACCAUUUACAAGUACAAGAUCAGGGGAGACUACCAGCCCACAACAGGAUACGGUGAAGGCGAAGGAAAGAUUCCCUGGACACAUGCCAGAUUACCUCUCUAA